AUGCUUUCGGCGUCAGUGUGGGCUGGCCUUGCGCCUGAACCGGCGGUGGCGACGGCGGCGGCUGGGCGAGCAGGGGGGCGUGGAAAGGGGCACCACAAGGGAAGCGCGAUGGAUACGUACGCAAGGGGACCGAAGAUGGUGAGAGGCUCGGAGGGAGCCGGACGAGCACCGGCAGGAGGAGGCGGGCGCGAAGCAGCAGCGCCGCCGAAGGCCAGAGUUGUUGUCGGUGCUUGGGUUGGAGGCGAGGGCCGGAUGUUGAGAAGGAGGCGGCGGUCCUCGGAGAGGGGGGAUGUCGGCCGCGCCGACCUCUCGGGGCAAGCGGAACAGGAAGAGGCAUCUCUGUCGGAGAGGCAGGGGCGAGGAGGACAUGCCGCCGGCUCCCGCCUCCCCCCAUCGGAGGGAUCGACGGCUCUCGCCAACGAUGCAGCAAGGCGCCGGGGUGACAGCAGCGUUGAGGGUCGGCAUCCCGCGCCACCAACGAACCUUGGGUUGUUGCCAACCGGAGGGGCGGCGGUAACGUUCGAGGGGCGGGAGGGGUGGCCCCGCCGGAGAACCCAGAGCCGAAGAGACUCGGGCGAUGCUGAAGAGUGGCCGGAGGAGGAAGAGGAAGACGGCGACGAGAACGACGACGGCUUCGGGUCUUCCGGGCUGCUGGCGCUCCUGGUCUGCUUCGGGCUGCUCUUCUGCGUCAUGGAAGGGGAUACCCGCCAGAUGCCCAUCGCCUCUAGCCGAGUGGUCGUCCCGGUGCCCCAAGGCGACCGAACGAAGGAUGGGUGGGUGGAGGUUGUCGUGGACGGCGUCUGGAUGAGCGGCGACGUGCCGGGAGGCGAGGGCUUGCCGUCGGCCACAGGCUAUGCCGUCGCGGGAGCGUCUCACGCUCUCCAUGAUGCGAUCGAGUACGCUCGUCGACUCUCGCCAGGCACAGGUUACCGCGCCGUUUUCGCCCCGCCGGCCGCGCCGUCGCCGCUUCCGCCGCCGCAGCUACAAGCGGAGAUGUCGGAGAUGUCACGGGACGACGUUCCGCCCCACCGCUCUCCCCGGUUUCCGCCGCGCCCUUUGCCGACAUGACGGUUUCAACUCAACGGUAACCGGGCGUGAGAAACAGAUCGAUCGCAUGUGGAAAGGAGGCGUUUUGGGAAGGCGUGCUCCAUUAGCGUGUGGUAGCGAGCGGUGUGGGGUCUCUUUUCGAGCGGUGGGUUGUUGGACAGUGUGGGGCGGAAGGUAGAGCAAGGUUGGCCUCUGGCACUUCCUUAGCUUCCGCGAACCUCCAUUGGUAUUUAUGAAAGUGAGGCACGUGUAGUUUACGUGUUUUUCUCUCGCUUGGGACUAGGGGAAAUAAUUCAAUGUUAAAGUUCAUGCUUUAGAGGCCGUCCGUGUGCUGGCGUUCGCUGGCGUUCGCGUGCUGCCUCUCAUUACUUGUUUUUUUACGCCGGUGUUUCUUGCGAUGUUUUUGGUGCGGUUGUUUUCUUUUUCGCCCACGCUUUGGCCGAGCUUGCUCGCUCACCUAUUCCCUUGUGCUAGCCUUGCCGUUGCCUCGAGUGUUCUUCUUGCUGUCGCAUCCAAUAUAUCGAUAUUUUUUGGUGCCUGGCCAUGCUUGGUGUUGGUUGGUUCUAGUUUAAGCGGGGGGUUUCUUUGUGGAACAUCGUUGGCCUUCGUUGGGCUAUCACGACCACAGCUGAAUGGUUACCUCUUUGUUUGUUUGGUCCCCUGGAAUAUGGAGUCUCGGAUCUACUUGUCUUUCUUGUUGUACGUUUUCUCUACGGCGCUGUGUUUUUAAGCUUUCAUUUUCGUUGAAGGCGCUUUGAGCGUUUCCCAUGUGAGCGUCCCCCCCGUCGGGUGCGCCGGGAACGAGUUCCUUUGGUGAUCAAUCAAUCACUGCCCGGCACGUCUGGUUGAGCACCGAGUUGUUUUUAUUUAGUCAGGGCGUGCUACCGACAGUGGUGUGUCCGCGUUCUGCUUUGUGUGUUUCGUAGACGCGGCAGAAGCGUUGAUUUCAGUGCGCUUGUCGUUGCUGUAAGGAUGAUGAUGCCUUGCUAGGCCAGAGCGUCCCUCUUGUGGCUACGCUAGGCGGUGACGGUUGCUGCGGCAAGGGAGGGAGGGAGGUUCCUCACGCCACCACUUGCACGUGCUGCAUGGCGGUAGGAGGGGGGGUGNCGAAACCUUGACACGAGUCAACCCUUGCAGGAGACCACGCAGCAAGAAAAAUUGCAGAAUUAAGAACAGCCAGAUUGGAAGCAUGCGCGCGGGGGGGGGAGGGGGGGGGGGGGCUCCGUGAUUCUCCCAGAACAAGGUUGAUUGGGGUUUCCCGUGUUUGGGUUGAUCCUCAUUCUCAUUCCGCCCGUUGCGCAUGCUUCAUAAAGCGUUGGUCGAGAGUCUGGCCCGAAUUGCUGAUCGAUACUGGUAUUUACUGGUGUUGAGAAUAUUUGCUUUGCCGUUUAUCUGAGGAGACUGCUGCUGCGGAUACAUGUGUGGGACGUUUUCGUUAGGCCGACGACUGUUUAUCUUCGUGGUAAAGCCGUGCUCAAGACAACAGCCCGUAGUGCUCUUGUUUUGUGUGUACCGCGGUCAUGGGGGGUUUCAUAGCUCUCUUUGGCCCGCCCGGUUCCGCUGGGAAAGUAUGAUGAGAGAAGACCAUGUGUUGUGUUGGUAGAAGGACGAGCGCGUCGGCCGAGACGGGAUAUCGACGUCCGAUAACGAAAGCGGAACUAAUGUAGCUGGAUGCAGCACUACCGCGCACGACCGUAAUUCUUGGCCCGAGGAGGCUCGUUUGUUUAUUUUCUCUGGGAGGGAAAACCCACAGUAACUGUAUAGGUUUUAGUGUGGGUUUUAAUUGGCUGAGCACCUACCUGCUCUUUCGGCCAAAGCUUUAAAGUCUCUAUUUUGAUGCUUGUUUUUUCGACUGCCAGGGUCACUCUCAAGUGAUAGCGCAGUCUAUCCCAGCCUGCUUGUCUUGCCUUGUGCAACUUUGUUUUUUUUUUCUUGCGUUAUUGUUGUUUCUUCUGGGAGUGGUGACGUGGCGUGUGCGUGACUUGAUGCGCUUCUGAGCGGGUGGUCCUUGCGCCUGCAGGAAGCCGUACCCCUCGUUGGUACCAGCCGGGCUCGGCAAUAGUGUAUAGCGUACGUGUGUGCAUGCUUUAUGUAGAAUGCGACCACGCCUUAUUUGUUGUCGCGGCCGCCGCUGCUGCUGCUGCUGCUGCUGCUACUGCUGCUCAGGCGUUCUUCUGUGUGUUGUUGUCCGCAGGUAGAUAGUGUUACGAUAUUCUCGACCCAAUUGUUAGGCAGCUGGCACUUGCUUCUGUGCGCAGUCAGCCCUUUGCGACUACUAAUUGCUAACUGCAGAUAUUUCAUGGUGCCGCUUAUGGAGGUUGGUUUCCUGUUAAAUAGUGGUGUUUUUUGUAUCGUGUUGCCCCUCCAACAGAGCGAGGCUUUUUUCCCCGUAAUUUAUUGAACCACAGUUUUCGCGCAGAGGGAUCAGUGGUGUGGUUUGAGAGAACCGGCUGGAUAAAAGGGGAGUGCCCCCGCCGUGUACAUGCAUGUAGUCUAUGUGGAGCAAUGCGGGAACUGGCAAAAAAAAAAUGGGAGUUCGUCGCGCCCGAAAAUAAAUGUGUUCGUUGGUUUCCACACACUUUGUCCGCUUUGUUCGCACCGAGACGUGUGUGUACCGAGAUAUAUCAUUUUCUUGUGGGAUGUUUCGGUUUUCUGUUUGAAUUUUCGUGUUGUGCGAUAGGCCCUUUUGGGGGGGGGGGUUGGCCGGUGAGAAAAAGGAAGGCAUCCGCGUCAGGUGGCCCGGUGCGGAUGUUGCAGCAGAGACCAGCACGGUGCAUAAUGUGGGAAGAGUAUUCGAC